GCGUCAACGCAGCCGGCAACCAUGUCCAACCGCCUCGACGCCUUCAUUAAGUCCAUCAUAUUCCCUCGGCCGAGGGAGUCCUCCUACGACACCACGUCGCACCCACACGAGCUCGUGCACAUCCCGCUGGUGGACCCCGCUACGCAGGCUGAGAAUGGCAGCUUCACCUGCGGCUACCUCUUCACGCAGCCCAAGGCGACGCAUGUGCUGCUGUACGCCCAUCCAAAUGCCAUUGACAUCGGCAUGUCGUACAAGGAGCUGCGCCACGUCGCGAGGGAGGCGUGCGUGAACGUGUUGCUCUUCGAGUACUCCGGCUACGGCCUCUCCAGCACCCCCAUCACGGAGUCCAGCAUUCACCAAGACACCUUGUCCGCCUAUCUGUUCGUGCGGCGCCACCUGCACAUUGCGGCCAACCGCAUCAUUCUCUGCGGGCGGUCCAUCGGUGCGUCCCCCGUCGCCUUCCUCGCCGCCGCCCUCCCUCCAAGCGAAAAGCCGUGCCUGUUAAUUCUGCAGUGCCCCUUCACAGCACUCAGCGAGUGCAUCAACGAGUUCUCUCAAAACGCCGUCUCCAUUGCGAACUUCUUGGGCUACAACUGGUUCCGCACCAUCGACGUCAUCGCCGCAGUGGAGUGCCCCGUUGCGCUGCACCACGGCACGCACGACACUGUCGUGCGCAUUGCCCAUUCCGAAAAGCUGCAGCAGGCCCGCGACACGGCAUCAAAGCCUCGCGUCACUUACCUUUACAGGGAAGAUGGUAAAGGCCACAAUAACUUGAGCUCCGCGAUGCUCGUCCGCAUCCUUGCGGAGCGUGUGGAGAGUGAGCAGGCAGCAUCGCUGAACCUGCGCAUACCGAAGGUGCUGCUGGCGAAUCCGCCCAUCUACGAUCAAUUCUUCUGCGACGAGAGCGGUGAGCCGUACGCGUUCCUCGACGAGGCGAUUGCCAACUGGUCCUCCAACUUCUCUCUGCACCGGUGCGCCGCACCGCUGGAUCGGCUGUACAGUGUGCUCACGGCCAGCGUGUGCGCCUUCACGAUGCAGUGCGCACGGUCGUGGCAGAUUUACUGCGGACUCGUUAAGCGCAACGCCUGCGGUGAUGCCGUGGAGGAGCGGUACUCGAAGGAGGAGUUCUUGCGCCGCUGUCUCGCGUGCUGGGGCAGUCCGCUGGGCAUCCACAUUUCUGUGGAGCGAUUUCACAGGACUCAGGAGAUACGGCUUUUCGGCUUUGCGACGUGCCGCGACGCUUUAUUAGACGCACCGGCGUUCUACUCCAUGCAGUGCACGGAGCCGCUGCUGAGCGUGCUGGAGAUUGCGAUCAGUCCGUCGCUGCUGUCGUGCAUGAGGAGGUGUCUCUCCACAGCGCCAGGGAUGCUGGACGGCGACCGCAUUCCGUGCUUUGUGCAGUGUGACGCCGUAGAAGCCAUCCAGCUCGAGUGCGAGCGCGCCGUCGGUUUCCUCGCACCGGAAGACCGCCAUCGCAUCUGCGCCCUCAUGAAGGACUUCGCCACGAACUGUGAAACGACGAUCAGCACGAAGGCGCGCGAGCGUCUUCUGCUGACGCCCGCCAAGUACCUCGGCCCUGGCGCCGAGUCGUUUGAGGAGAUCCGUGAGUGGCUGCGACCGUGGACGUCGGCGCGGGCGACGGCGAUACACGCCUUGGCGCAGGAGGUGCCGUGGGACGACUACCUCCUCCGCGGCCGCUCCCUCGCCUGCCGCCACACCUUAAACGAGAACAUGAGUUGGGCGGAGUGUAAUCGUGCGAUGGAAGAAAGCCGUGUUGUGCUCGACAUCCACUGCUUCUUCCAGGAGCUGUCGACGCAGUGUGUCAGACCGUCGUACUGCCGCCCUUGCAACGAGGCAGCCAGUGAGUAG